GAGAACAACCAGAAAUGGAUCCGUGCCAUCAAGAAAGCCAACAAGGAACGAGAACUCAAGCGCCAGCACAUGCAGGAGCUGACCAAGGGCAAGCAGGAGAUGGUGUUCGAGGAGAUCCAUGAGGUGAUUGCACGCUACAAGACGCUGGUGAGCAUGCACCACGACCUCAUGCAGUCUGCGCAGGAGGGCCAGGAGAAGAUUGAGCGCGCCAAGGCCCGGCUGGCACGCUACAUGGAAGAAAAGGAUGAUGAGAUCCUGCAGCAAAACAAUGAGCUGGCACGGCUGCAGAUGCGCUUCAACCAUGCCCGCAGCAAUGUCAUCAUCUGGGAAUCUCGCUGGGCACACAUCCAGAACACCACAGCCCAGAAGACCCUCCUGCUUGGCACUAUUAAGAUGGCCAUGCUGAACCUCUUCCAGAUCGUGAGCAAGCAGCUGAAUGAGGUGACCAAGGUGGCCCUGGAGGACACCCAUAAGCAGCUGGACAUGAUCCAACAAUUUUUCCAAGACCUGUCGGACAUCUGGGCAGAGGUGAAAAAGAAGGAACAACAGCAAGUCUGGGUUUAAGGAGGCAGCCUGGUUCCAGAACGUCCUGAGACAGAGGUCGUAAGAGAAGAAGUCGUGAGCCUGCGGUCCAGUCAGUCCAGCUCGGGACCAACGCCCGCGGUGCCUUCCUGCUGAGGAACACCUGCUUAUUUUCCCCCUUGGGCCUCACUCUAUCCCUGAAAACAGUGAAUGUUCUAAGAAGUUUGUUCUUAAGUUC